UGUCGGCCUGCCCCGGAAACGUUACAUCCCCCUGGGUCGCCAUGGGCAGCAAGAUGGCGGCGGCCACUCUGGUCGUACAGGUAGUCAAGCCACAUACUCCAUUAAUAAGGUUUCCUGACAGAAAAGGCUACCCCAAACUGAAUGUACCCGAAUCUUUAACAUCAUCUGUGCUUCCAUCUCACUCUUCUGCAAUAUCACAACAUUCUUUGGGUGGUAAAUCAUCAGGUUUGCCAAUGAAUCGUGGUCCACCAGAUUCUACUGAAAUAGUAAAAACAUUACCUCAGAAAUAUAGGAGGAAAUUCAUGUCUCCAGAAGAGAUGGAAUUUAUUCAACGUGGAGGUCCAGAGUAAUCGCUGACAAGCGUAUUAUGAUUGUCAGACAAGAGAGUGGUUUUCUUCACAAUAAAGGCCUUCAAAAAUGACAUGUUAAACUGUAUAUGAAACCAAUUUAAUAUAAGAUGCUGUAUAAAAUGCAGGGUUACAAAUUUAGAUAGCCAUUUAUAUUUCCUAAUUUGUUUAAAUCAGCUUGUCUAUAAAUUAGGCUGGAGAUUUGAGUUAUUAUUUCUUAAAAGUAUAGGAAUUUUUGUAAUUUAGAUAGCAUAUUAACUUUUGAUUUUCAAUUAUCUCUAAUAUUUAAUGUUGCUCAGGUUUAAUUUUCAGUGACCUUAAUUUCCCAUAAUUUUUCAUUGUAAGAAAUGGAAAGUACUAGUUAGGUAGAAUCAUUGUUUUAGGAGAAGAUACCAGAAAUCUUGAGAUUAGAUGAGAAUCAAUGUUAUACUAUUCUGAUGGAUAAAAUUGAGACAGGACAGGUCACUGUUAGUGAGAGUGGGACAAUAAUGAAAAAUGAUGAUGAAUAAUGAAUGAUAAAAUAAUCAGUUACCAAACUUCUGUUUGUCAAAAACCAUGAAAUGACAAACAAAAAAUGAAGUGGAAGUAGGGGAGAUAUGUUUUAAAAGGUUUUUUUGUGUGUUUUAAGAAAAGAAAAAGUUCCUGCCCUUUUGAGUUUGUUUUGAUCAUGUAUUGUGAGCACAUAUCAAAUUAAAUAUUUAUUUUUCCC